AUGUCUAAGACCUACAACAUCGCCUCCAUUCCCGCUGAUGGAAUUGGCCCAGAGGUCAUCGAGGCUGGUAUCACCGCUCUCAAUGCCUUGACUGAUACCCUCAAGACCUUCAAGUUGGAGUUCAAGAACUACGACUGGAGCUCAGAGACUUACAAGAAAACCGGAAAAUACAUUCCCGAUGGUGGUCUCGAGGAACUGAAGAAGCACGAUGCCAUCUUCUUCGGUGCUGUCGGUGCUCCUGAUGUCCCUGACCACAUCUCCUUGUGGGGUCUCCGUCUGGCUAUCUGCCAGCCUUUCCAGCAGUACGCCAACGUGCGUCCCACUCGUGUCUUCCGCGGCACUGAGUCCCCUCUGCGCAAGUGUGGCCCCAACGACCUUGACUGGGUUAUCAUUCGCGAGAACAGCGAGGGCGAGUACGCCGGCCAGGGUGGUCGCUCCCACACCGGAAAGCCCUGGGAGGUUGCCACUGAAGUUUCCAUCUUCUCCCGCCACGGUGUCGAGCGCAUCAUGCGCUUUGCCUUCGAGACUGCCCAGAAGCGUCCCCGCAAGCUUUUGACUGUCGUUACCAAGAGCAAUGCUCAGCGUAACGGUAUGGUCCUUUGGGACGAGGUUGCCAAGGCCGUUGCUGUGGACUUCCCCGAUGUCACUGUUGACAAGAUGCUCGUUGAUGCUAUGACCACUCGCAUGGUCCUGAAGCCCGAGACUCUGGACACCAUUGUUGCCACUAACCUGCACGCUGACAUUCUCUCCGACUUGGCUGCUUCUCUGGCUGGCUCCAUCGGUAUUGCCCCCACUUCCAACCUCGACCCUACGCGCCAGUACCCCAGUAUGUUCGAGCCUAUUCACGGCUCUGCUUUCGAUAUCACCGGCAUGGGUAUCUCCAACCCCGUGGCUACUUUCUGGACUGCCGCAGAGAUGCUUGAAUGGCUCGGUGAGGAGGAAGCUGCGAAGAAGCUGAUCGACUGUGUCGAGAAUGUUUGCGAGCAGGGUGUUCUUACCCGUGACCUGGGCGGUAACGCUACCACCAAGCAGGUUACUGAUGCUGUUGUCGCUGAGAUCAAGAAGCUUGGCAGCCAGUAA